CUGGGCCCUGCCGCGCGGCGGCCGCCGGGUGCCGGCGCUCCCCGCCCCUCGCCGCUCCCUCCCCGGCCCGGCCCGCCCCCUCGGCCGCUCGGCUCCCUGGCGUGACUCGGCAGAGAGAGCCCCGGGCCCAGCCGCCGCCGCCGCUCGCCAGGCCUCGCUCGCGUGCUCUCCGUCUUCAGUUUCCGAAGCCGGUGGCGUCGCGGGCCGCCCUCCCGGGCUCUCUGACGAUGGUGGGAGUGAAGCCGGUCGGGAGCGAUCCCGAUUUCCAGCCGGAGCUGAGCGGCGCGGGCUCCAGACUGGCGGUGGUCAAGUUCACCAUGCGAGGGUGUGGCCCGUGUUUGAGGAUUGCCCCAGCGUUCAGCUCGAUGAGCAAUAAAUACCCCCAGGCUGUUUUCUUGGAAGUAGAUGUGCAUCAGUGCCAGGGAACAGCUGCUACCAACAAUAUAUCAGCCACACCUACAUUUUUGUUUUUUCGAAACAAAGUGAGAAUUGAUCAGUACCAAGGAGCAGAUGCUGUGGGACUAGAAGAGAAAAUCAAGCAGCAUUUAGAAAAUGACCCUGGAAACAAUGAGGACACCGACAUCCCGAAAGGCUACAUGGAUUUAAUGCCGUUUAUUAACAAAGCUGGCUGUGAAUGUCUUAAUGAAAGUGAUGAGCAUGGUUUUGACAAUUGUUUACGAAAAGACCCGACCUUUUUGGAAUCUGACUGUGAUGAACAGUUACUAAUUACUGUGGCAUUCAACCAACCUGUUAAGCUUUAUUCCAUGAAAUUUCAAGGGCCAGAUAAUGGUCAGGGUCCUAAAUAUGUGAAAAUUUUUAUCAACCUCCCCCGAUCUAUGGAUUUUGAAGAGGCAGAAAGAAGUGAACCAACUCAAGCUCUGGAACUGACAGAGGAUGAUAUUAAAGAAGAUGGCAUUGUUCCACUUCGUUAUGUUAAGUUUCAGAAUGUGAACAGUGUAACUAUAUUUGUUCAGUCCAAUCAAGGUGAAGAAGAAACAACAAGAAUUUCGUAUUUUACUUUUAUUGGUACCCCGGUCCAGGCGACAAAUAUGAAUGACUUCAAAAGAAGAAUACAUAUUGGCAAGUUGAGAGUUAUCAGCCUGUGACACAGUAGUUGGCAAAAAAGGAGAAAGUCACUAAGGUGCAAAAGACACUGGAAGACCAUAUUGCAAUCAGAUCUCCAGCUCCUGGAUAAUUGCUUGAUUCUCACCAGAGACUGUCAAUGUUUCAUUCAUUGCCAUUACCAGUAAAUCAUUGCUUUUGUUUAGAUGGUAUCACUAGUGUUUCUAUUGUAAUCUUGAUACAUGCAAUUGUAAAUAAAGUCACUACUUUUGCCAAGCUUAAUAUUUUGUCAUUUUACGUAAGUGUUUUCUUUUUUCAUUUAUUUGAAAAUAUUCCACCUUCUGAUUUUAGAAGAGACUUAAGUGCUUGAUACCAUAUUGGUUGGAAGCCAGUUUCUCUCUCUCGAGGAGCCAAGCUGUCUUAGGUAGUUAAGGAGUGUGCACGCACACACACAACCAUGGUUCUGAUCAAUGACUUGGAGCAGCCAAGUUCAAAUGGGUACUGACUUGUGUUUUUUUUAGUAAAGGAUAAUUGAGUAUUUGGGUAAACUAAUUUCCUCAAAUUACGAACAACAAGAAAUACACAUGAUGAUGAGAUUAACCAGUCUUAGCUAAAACUAGUUAGUUAGUAUGUCUAUGAAUUUUCUUACACCAAGAUUUGAAUCCCUUCUAGAUAAACUUUGAAUCAACUUUUUUCUUUCUUAACAAAAAUAUUGAAAUCAGAUAAGAAAAGUGCAGUGCAAAGCAUUCAUAAAUAGUAGAAAUUUUGUUGUUAAUCAAGUCUUAUCUGAACUACCCAGCCAUGCAGUGUUAAAUACACGCAAAAUGUGAUUUAAGUUUGAGAAUUUGUUGGCGAAAUGUCUGUUUAAAAAUUCUUUCACAAAAGACGGAUGAAAUUAAACAUGUUUUCUUUCUUUACUCUAAAAUUGCAAUUUAAAAAGUAUUCAUAUAUGUAAUUUUUACAUCACUGAGUAAUUUUUAAGUACAUUAGACUGUGUAACUUGUGAUUCAGUUAAUACAUUAAAGAGUACUCUUGUCAAGGAGUAUUGCUUUUAGGAGUCUAAUGUAUAAUACAUGUUAAUGAAAAAUUACGUGGAAAUGUUACUGUUGAACUAGUCGCGUUCUGAAGGCAGGUGUCAUGAGGUGAUGUCGAGUUCACUGUUGUGUGAGUAUGUGACUGGUCUGUGCAGAUGUUUGUCUUGUGGGUACUCUGAAGUUUUGUUGCCUUGGAUCAAGUGGAGGUAGAAGGGAAAGAAAUAAAAGCUGAUACCACUCCUUA